CCUUUGCAGUCGAUUGACAGGUAGAAUGAUAUGCAUUAGGAUAGAAAUACCGUGAGUAAUUUGAACAUUUAGCAUCUUUGCUAAAGACAAGAUGUCUGGCCGGGCUCUUCCGCUUGUUACGGGACUGUCACCCAAGGAAGGGCCACCCGGUACGCGAAUCACAAUCCGUGGCGAAAAUCUCGGAACUGAUCCCAAAGACUUGAUCGGUUUAAAAAUCUGCGGCGUGGACUGUUUGUUAUCUGCUGAGUGGAAAUCGCCGAGUAAAAUCGUCGCUAGAACCGGUCCUGGGAAGGGAAAAGGUGAUAUCAUUGUGAUAACUCGAUCAGGCGGUAAAGGGACGUGUACAGUUGGUUUUCGAGGAUAUUUUCUGCAGACUGGCCCCUUGCAAGAGUCCGCAGUUUGGAUCGAUGAGGCUCAGACUGUACAGUCCACUGUCAACAGAGGUAGGACAGCCUCGCCCAUUUUCUUCCUGGACAACGAAAACCCGCUGGGAAUAUCUGAUGAGGGACGUCAGAACAAAUUCACAGAAGAGGACAUGCUGGAGCUGUUCCCAGAAGCGUCGGGUAACCUGUCACUGGAAAAUUUCAACGCGGCCUGGUUUUUAGUGGAGAACCACUACAGCACUAGUUUUGACGAUCUGAAAGCCGGUUUAGCGCAUAUGAAGCGCAGAGCGUCCCAUCGCUCUGAAGGACCAAUCGCUUUUGUAAAGUCGAAUCUGACAGCAACUCUUGACUGUCAAGAUAGCCUUGAUCGAAUGUACAUCAAGUUUGAUGAUGAUAAAAUAAAGGACAAAAGUAUGAAUGCUUAUGCUGUGUUAUUGAUGCAGGCUAAAUCAUGCGCAGAUGGACUGUUUAAGGAAGUUUUGGGCAGAAAAGAUAAAGCAGAUUCUACUCGCAAUGCUUUAAGUGUGUUACAAAGGUUCAAAUUCUUGUUUUACUUACCCCUGAACAUAGAAAGGAACAUCCAAAAGGGAGACUAUAACUUUGUUAUCAAUGACUAUAUUCGAGCGAAGUCUUUGUUCGGUGAUACUCAUGUUCAAGUGUUCAAGAAAGUAUACAUUGAAGUGGAGAAGAGGAUAGGUGAUUUCAAAGUAAUGUUACACAAAAAACUAAUGGAGCUACCAAACACAUUGGAAGAGCAGAAAAGGCUAAUUAAAUAUCUGGCAAAUUUAGAAGCUAGUGGUGAUCCCGCAUUGGAAUGUCUUGAAAACCAACAGAAAUGGCUGAUGAAAUUGCUGACGGAAUGCAGAGAUGCGCACAUUGCUGAGGAACAAACACAUUCCCAGGCCAGCCCUGAUAAUCAGUUUUUUGGAUCUGGUUCACAGUCUGGUCAACGGAGAAAUGUACCAGUCCCUUCCAGUCCAGGUCCAUCUCAACGUAAGUUCCUCACAUCUCCAGUGUUCCCCAGAGCCCCGAGUUUCACAUCUCUUACGUCGCCGGAGCCAGGCUGGAAGUUCAAACCUCCACAGAGAGUGCAAUAUGUGGAGGAAUUAACUGACAUUAUGAUUGUUAAUUUCCCAGACCUGUGGAAACUUUGCCAGGCUUAUUUCGGUGGAAGCCUUUUACUGAAGGACACAGGUGAGAAAGCUUUUAAAGUGGACACAGGUAAACACAGCAGCUUCAAACAAAUCAUCACUGAAAUGGUGCGCUUCUUCACCAACAUGAUCCGGGCGGCGUUUCUGCCUGAAUCGUUGGAAAACUUGCCCAAGGAGGACCGAAUGAAGUUCGGAAUCUGGCCCUCUGACAAGCGGGACAUCCCAGGAACAUGGUUGCCUCACUGUGUCAGAUACAUCAGGUCCUGCGUGAGCUCUCUGUCUAAGCUCGACCUGCCCAGCGACUCUCUGGAGAUUAUCAAUGAGCUGGCAUUUGACAUGAGAACUAACUGUAUGGUGACUCUUCUCAAGCAGGCUAUACAGGAGGUGCGAUCUUUACAUACCCGGGAAACGUGGAGCGUGGAAACCGACGAUGAAUCUGGCGGAACCACUCAGCUGCCAGCGUUGUUCGAGAACAUUGUGAAUGAGGCGAUUCAGCAUCUUCAUGAAGUCGUGGUUCAAAUUAAAACUGGAGAACAGGACUUGUUCAGCCAGAGGCCAAUUCAGAAAGAAACAACAGGCUUGUGUACAAAGCUGUUACAGGCAUUCAGUGACAGCCUGGAGAGGCUGGCCUUUGACCCGGAUAAUAAAGACGCAGAGAAAAAUAAACUACCCGGCAUCGUCAUUCUCACUCCGGAGACCGAAAGCUCUGAAGACACACCCAUUCCACCUCUCGAUCGAAGACUCAUUGUCAUGCUUAGCAACUGUAACUACACUAUAGAGCGUGUCAUCCCGCGGUUGGUCGAAAACCUUGAUCGCCAUGGUUACGUGCAGAUGACACAGACGCUGAAAGAAGCGCAGGACACAUACAGAGCCUUGGAUAACAAGCUGUUUGAGGCGUAUGUGGAGGAAAAGUCUAACCCGAUCAUCGGGACAAUGGAACAGAACAUGUAUUUGGGUCAGUUUGACUGGAACCAGUGCGGAAAGCCAAAAGGCGUGCGCAGCUACUUGAAGCAGGUGAUCAUGGGAAUGAUUCAGGUCCAUGCAGAGGUCUUCUCCGUCUCGCCCAUUUUCCUGACGCGUGUUCUCAGCAAACUGACGGAGGCCAUCUCUGAGGAAAUGUCUCGCCUUGUUAGCUGUACCACAGGGUUUAACAACUAUGGCAUCUUACAGGCCAGGCUGGAGAUCAGCGCGUUUCAGGAGACCAUUUCCCUGUAUAAAACCCCUGCUGCGGACAGCUCUCUGAAAGAGGCUCUCGAGGCUCUGCCUAGCACCAAACUCAUUGGCCCGAAGGAAGAAAAACUAGUAGACGAUCUACUCAACACGUUCAAGUCUCGGAUGAAAUUCCAGCUAAUGUGUUUCAGUAAUGACACUAUGAUAAAAAGCAGCGUUUCUAAUUUGUUGAUUAACACAAGUGCCCCCCAAAAAUGAGUGGAUGGCUAUGGAUCUAAGUGUGACAGAGAGUUUGUCAGUUACAUUGCAUAGUCUGGUAGUAUAUUCCACUAUAUAAUGUGAAAUUCCUAUAAUACAAGUACGACAGUAAAAAUAAGUAUAUGUUACAAAUGAAGCAUAUGAUAUACGGUAAUAGAUGUAUUAUAGAUAAGAUAUAAGUUGUCUUAAGGUAGUACUUCCCAAGUAUUCUCUCAACUAUAUCUUCAUGUAUGUCGCAAAAAACAAAACAAAAGCAUUUUGUGUGCAUUCUGAUAACUCGUCUAAGUCACUAGUUGAAGACCUGGAGUGACUUUUCACAAUAUAUGUAUUUGUAUAUAUACUUUAUUAAUGGUACAUAAUUUUGGUCAUUAAGCAUGUCAGGGUUUAGUUUCACCCACGUAUCUGGUCUCCUUGUGUUUAGAACAUGAAAAAACAACAACUUAAUAGAAAAUAGUUUGUGUGAAAAUAACAUGUAUUCUGAAAAAACACAAGCUGUGUAAAUAUUUCAGUAACUAACAUGGGUACGUGUAUCUUGUACAAGUGUAAAGUUUUGAAUUUGAAAGUGCUAACAAAUGCGAGAAUUCAGCUGAUUGCAUCCAGCAUGUAUUUUGGGCAUCACCAGUAAUACACUAUAAUACAAGCAUGCAUAUGUACUGUACUGCUUUCUGAAAAUUUCCUUCUUUUUCCCUUCGUCCUACAUGUGUGAUUGCCAUGUUAUGGCUGAGAUAUUGCUGAUGUGGCGUUAAGCCAUAAUCAUUCAUUCAUU